UCUCCGGCGAGAUACACGCGCGUACACACACACACACACACACGCCAAGCGCCAGCAAAACAGCACACACUCCCUUGCUCUCAUGCAUUUCCAAAAGUAGGAGGGAAUUGAGCUUGCCCGAAUCCUCUGCCUGCAAGCCAGGAGGACUACAGAUAAUGCUCCAAAGUGAACAGAACUGGAAGCCAGGUUUGAAGCGGUGGCUGCUGAAACGACCCCCGCCAUCCCCUUCUUCGCCUUCCGCCCCAUAUCAGCUCCCCCCGUUAUCGGAUCUGAGAUCUCAUUGAAGGCAAUUGCAGUAAAUGAGGACAUUUUCAGGACUGCGUGGCUUCUGACUGCUGCUACUCUAAAAUUUGCCUCAUAGUCACGGCUGAAUUAAUGUUUCCCUGCGAAAUCUAACGAGGAGGAGGAAGAGGACGUAGUCGGUAGCAGUGACCAAGUCUCUGGGAAGCAAAAUUAAAAAAAAAAAAUCCCUUUGGUGUUAUCUUGCAGCAGAUGCUCUUACAAGAGUGGAUCGUUGCUCUGCAAGCUUGCAGAAGUGAGCUGGGAGAGAUGCAUCAUCGCAAAGAGACUGCACAGACCUUUACUUAUUUGUAAGGAAGCGUAGUAAGGUAAGCAUCGCUCUGCAAAUCAGCCCAGAUUGUGCGAAAACUGCAAAAGCUGCCCACAAAUUCCAGAGGGAUCAGAGUGCUCGGAAGCCUCAGCAUCUCGCUGCAAGAGGCUUCAUGCAAAUAGAAAGUAGCAGGAUGGCUAAAGGGGCUGAUAAUGAGAUGUGGGAUCUUUCGUCUCCAGCCUCACAAUCCCUCAGUGAUGAAGGAACCAUGGUGAGUAAGGAACUCAGCAAGUGCUUGCUUACAGCCUCUGAAAGCGAAGUUGAUCCAGCAACAUCACUUGCCUUAGAGAUGAAAUAUGCUCUGGAUCCCAACCGGCAGAUCAAGAAAAGAAACAAAGCCUUGCAGGUGAGAUUCAAAGAUAUCUGUGAUGCCCAGAAUGAGCAGAGGGACAAACAGCUCUCUACACUGCAGCAGACAGACAAAAAGGAAGCAAAGCCCAUCUCUUGCAGAACAGCUUACCGGAAAUAUAUGACAGUGCCUGCACGGAGAUCAAUCCCAAACGUUACAAAAAGUACAGGAGUUCAGACUUCGCCUGAACUUAAAAAGUGUUACCAGACAUUCCCUUUGGACCGGAAAAAGGGGAGUAUCAUCAAAAGCAUAGCUUCAGUUGACACUUUUCCAAGUCAAAACAAUGGAUUCCUAAUAGAUGUUAAAGAUAAAGACAGCAAAAUCUCAGGGGAGGCUGCUCAGUGUAGCAAGAAAGUCACUGGAUUUGUGACAGCUGAGUUUAUUUCACAUACUAAUGAACGCAUGAAUGCAAUAGAGCAGCCUUCUAGUGACAACUGCUCGGAGACAUGUAGAAGCACUGAUUUGCACAGCUGUACUAAAGAACCUCCUCCUCUUCAAAACUCAGCAGCUUCUGUUUCAGAAGAGCCUGAUUACCAGCUGCAUGACAAAGCAAAACACCACACGGGGCCAUUGGGAAAUGAGGAGGCUAAUCCAUCCACCCAUGGAAAAGUGUUUAAGACAGAAGUAGCUUCUGUCUACUUGCCUGCAUCCAGUUCACACGUCUCACAGACUGACCUGCAGAAUUCUGCAGCAGGGAAUGAAUGGUCUCUGUGCCCAACUGAGGACAAAAAAAGAACAGUGCAUCUUAAUGGUCUGCAAUCACAAGCCGUAAGUGCAGCUCAGGCCUGUUCGACGCAGGCACAGUGCCAAUCAACUGAAUGUAAUGAACAGACCCUUCAGAUACAUGUUUCACCUAUGGAAGGAAAUCAGCCUUGUCAGACAGCAGUUGCUGUGAGUGAAGGAUGCCAACAAAUUGUGCCUCACACAGAAGUGGUAGACUUGAAAGCACAGCUACAGAUGAUGGAGAACUUGAUCAGCUCAAGUCAGGAAACCAUAAAGGUCUUGUUGGGUGUUAUUCAGGAGCUAGAAAAAGGAGAAGCUCAUCGAGAAGGAUAUUGUUCCAUGGGGAAAAAUCUUAUGUCGAAAUCGGACCUUGACUAUGUAAUGAAAGCUUCUUCUCACUUGUUGAGACUUGACCCAUUAAAGCUUUCAUAUCGGACUGGUCAAGACACAUCUAACUGUGACACAUGCAGGAACAGUGCAUGUAUAAUCUAUAGUGUGGAAUUAGAUUUUAAGCAGCAAGAAGACAAACUACAGCCAGUUCUGAGAAAACUUCAUCCUAUUGAGGAAACUCAGGUUGCACCUUUGCCUUAUUCCCAGGAGAGUUACUCCUCAACUCCCAAGCAAAAAUCCAAAACUGAAUCAAAAAAGCACGGAAGAUGGAAACUCUGGUUUCUUUAACUAAGCCCGUAAUAUAUGGAAUUUAAGGCCUUUGAAAAAACAACAUACACAUACACAAAGUUCUGAAUUUUUUAGAAAAAGGAAUCUUGGUAGUUUGAGCAGGUGACUGUCAGCUGUGUUACUCUGACAAUAUUAUAGAAGCAUUCUGUUCUCACCAUAUGUGUACCAAAAAGGCCUUUGUACCUAUGAACUACUUUUUGGGAGCAAGGCAUUAAAAAUCACACCUUGCCAACUUUUUAUUCAAAUUUCACCAGUGUGGGAUGUAAAACAAAACAAAACAAAACCAGGACAGAAAUUUAUGUUAACAAAUAUGAAAGUAAAACUGCUCUCCCCAAGGCACCUUAACCCACAAUCAUUGUUUUUUAACAUUCUAAUAGCAGAUUGCCAUCUUAUUUACUCUGAGGAUAAUAGUAAAAUUUAAAACAUUUUGUGAAAGAAAGGAGCAAGCCUUUUGUUUCCAAAGACCUUCAUUUUUAUAUUUAAUUUCCCAAAUAUGCUGGGGUUAGAUAGUGUCAUUUUCAGCACAUAAUAUCCUGAGGAAAGCACAAUAUUUUCAAAUGGUCUGAGACCAUGAAUAAUCGUUAAGAUGGGAUUAUGUGUCUACUUGCCUUUUUGUGCUGUAGCAUUAAGCCAAGUGAUUGCAUCUCAGUGAAAUGCAGGCACUUUUAAUUUAGUCUCAUUUUCAUUGCCAGAUCUACUGCGCACUCCAAAUCGCGAGUGUCCAAAAGCCACCCAAAGUCAGGACAUGCCUUUAAUCACUGCAAGUUGACAGGGUCAAAGCUAGGGGCACUAAGCUCUCUUAGAUAUCAUUUUUAAAUCUGUUGGUACCCAACAGCUAAAAUUAUAUGUUCUGGCAUGAUUUUUGGGGAUGGGGCAAAGAGAUGGAUAAACAUUAAAUGACAGGUCAUUGGCAGCUGCCACAAUUUAAUACUCUUUUGUAAUUCAGUCUUGAGAAAACGCUAUACACUAUUGACACACUGUGCCAGAAAUUUUAUAAUGUGUUGUGCUUUUUAAAAUUUCACAAGAACCUGGCAAUUUUAUUUAGCUGUGCAUCAGAGAAUGACAUUCAGCCAUCCUAAUGCCCAUAUUUAAAGUUCAUUAUGGACAAAUCAAGACUUUGAAUGAAAAUGCUGUGAAAUCAUACAAUUUUAAUAGUACCAUUCAGAAUUUACCAUCAAUUAUACACUUUAGACAUGAAUCCUUAAAGUCCCACUGAUUUCAGUGCAAAUAAAUUCUAACACUUUCUUAACUCACUUGCUAAGAUCAGUGGGACUUGAAAGUGCUUUGCUUCAGUUGAAAUAUGCCCUGUAUUUUUUCCUUUAUUCAUUUGUGUCUCUAGGAAAAAACAACACACAAUUCUAUAAUGGCUUUCUUGGGGAACUUGCACAUUAAGUGAAAAUUCUUCUAUCUUUUAUACUUUAAAUUUCAGUAGGGUGUAUUAAAGAUACUAGGCCUACAAUUUCAUAUCUCAAAACACCACAUAGCUAUUUUAAUUUUAUUUUUAAUAAUGGGAAAGCAGCAGAAAGGAUGAAGAAAUAAUUUUAUUGACAGAAUCUCCACCUAAAAAGUAAUAUGAAUGUGUGACAUGCUAUACUCCUCACUAUUUAAAUAUUAACAAUUUAAUAUGAAACCCAAAGCAGUCAAUUUGGUCAUUUUCCUAAAAAGAAAAUGGCUUAAGAGAAUAAGCUUAAUAUAGGGUAUACAAGAUUGUAAUGAUCAACUUCAAACACCACUUCCUAUUUAUGCUUUAAUGAGAAACUGUCACCUUUCUAGUAAAAUUCCAAGAGGGCUACAAAUCACUGUACAUAAAGCAAACAGUAUUCUAAAAUAUUUUUUGUGAAAGCUGAAGGAUGAGAAAGGCAUUUCUGUGCCAUGAAGGGAAGUGCAAUUGUUUUAUGUUUGAGUGGGGUGGGGAAUGUAAUGUAUUUUAUAAUGUUUUUAAGUAAAGUUAAAAACUGUUUACAAAUGAUCCCACCAUAAAUAUUUUAGAAUCUUAAAUACUCAGAGCAUUAAAUUUAUUAUUUUUAUGAAAAGAUGAAUUCUCAAAUUUAAGCAUAUUUAUUUAGAGUAAACUAAGGUGUUUAGUGUGCUACUGCAAAACAACCUUCACAUAUAAGAACAGCUCGGUUCCUAUGACACUUUUGCAUGGUAUCACUGAAGAUGAUGACCCUGAUCCAGAGAUGAGCAAGUGGGAAGUCUUCGUAUAUAGUGUGACUCUUGUUGACAGUAGUAUCCUAUACACCACAAACUGCUUUUUGUGGUGUUGUAAGUUGCAAUUUCCAUGGAAGGAGCUGCUGUUUGUACCAGUAAACAGAAGCCCACUUAUAUACGCCCAGUCUUUCACUCAACAGUGAAUUGGCUCAGUAGACCAGGACUUAUGGCCAUAAUCUCACAAGCACUCAGUGUGCAGUCUACAAACUGCACAUGCAUAUGUGGGUUUUCCCAUUUUUGCUCCAGCAGCAAAAACUCCCAUUCUUCUCACCCAAACCUACCAACACAAAAUCAAACUAGGACUUAAAUUCACCAGAGGUUAUUAGUCUGGAGAUGGCUUGUUAAGAGAAAAUGAAAAAAGAAGUGUGCAGACAUCUAGAGAAAACAUUAAAGAUUAACUGGUUUGCAACCCAUUCCAUAUUUUAAUUGUUUUGGGAUAUGGGCCAAAGUUAGUAUUGUUAACUCUACAUAGUUUGAACGUGCCCCUCUCUGCACACGAUUUGUUUCACAAACAGCCCAAGUAGUCAAUUCACAUAAAAAUCCCCAAAAAUAUUUAUCAUCUGUUGGCAUAACACACAAGCUAUGAUUAAACAGGUACUGAGAAAUGGGUAAAGUUAAAGAAUCUGGGAGGCCAUUUUGAAGCUGAUAAAUGAAACCAACAUUGAGUGUUCUAUACAUGGACAGAGUAUUUUCCUAAAAAGUUUGAAAAUUUUAAUUUUUACAUUUUCUCGUUCAAAUGAUAAAAUACAUAUUCUUGCUCAAAAUUACAUAUUGUGUUAUCGUAUCAUACUAUGUAACUUGUAAUAAAAUGUUAUUUGCAAGUGUGUAAAACGUAUCAUAUUGUAUUACAUUUAGGAUCACUCAGGCACAAGUUAGAAUUUUUAUGAAGGAAAGAUUUAAUUCUUUAAAAUGAGUAGCUAAGUACAGUAUAUGAGGUGAAAUGGCUAUAGUUCCACUUUAAUGAGAUCUUAUAAAAAGCAGAUAGGACAUCCAAAAGCAAGUUGGUCACUCUUUAAUCUGGCAUAUUCCUUAAUUUGCUGAUAAAUUCAUUAGCAAUAUCAUGUGAUCCCAAGUACUAAUUUAAUUAAAACCCAUAUCAUGCUUUUGAUUCCAUUUCUAACCAAUAAAUGCUGCAGUAAUUUUAUAUUACUUGCUAUUUUCAUACUACAGGGACAAUAUUUUAUAAGUUUGCAUAAUUCCCAUGAAGCAGCAGCAACACAGAUCUUUGUUUUGAAAUUAUUGGGAAACAAUACAUGUAAAUAUCACUUGUUUUCUUAAAAAAAAUAGACCACUGUAAGAUACUUUAUAUAGUCAGGAUAAAAUGAAAAAAAAAAUUAAAAUUAAAAAACUAA